AUGGAUAAGGUUACCUUGAAGCCCUAGUUUCAUGCUUCCUGACCUCUACCCCUGAAAGGCCACAAACAAAUUGGGCAAAAUUUUCAAGCUGUAAGUGCUUUUUCCACUGCCUGGACUUUUUGUUUUCUUUUUGUGGUUUGCUGUCCCAUUUGGAACUACAUGACUUCAAACCAAUUUCAGGUGUUAAAAGACAGAAUGCUGUGAAUGUUGCAUGAGACAUUUCUGCUUUAAAGAAAUUGAACCUCAAGUACUGGAGACAAGUGUCUAUUAUAGUAAAAAAACAGGACUGAUCUUUUGCAGUGGAAGGAUUCCUGCAGGCCAAGAACAUCGCUUAUUACAUGACACGAAGAGGAUUAGUAGAGAUAAGAGGAACCUAAUAUUUUUUUCUCCCUAAAGAUAUUUCAUCCCCAAAGGAAAUACACUUCAAAUAAACACCUUACAACACCAUGACUGAAAUCACUGCUGAAGUCCGGCCCUCUGCAACCACCACCACUGUGAUGGACAAUAAAAAUGGAAGCAUCCUGCAUUCAUCUGCCAAGGGGCCCAGGAAGUCUGUGACUGAAGACUUGGUCUCGACAUUCAGCUCCCCAACAGCGUGGAUUCUGGUCAUUGCUUUGAUUGUCACCUGGUCAGCUGUUGCUGUUGUCAUGUUUGACUUGGUGGAUUACAGGGGAUACAUUGCCUCCAAUACACAAUACUGUGAUGACCCCUGUUUACCACCUGGAUCACAUCAUCAUGGUUUCAGCAAAACAUUGCAGGGAGCAGAGAGCCCUAGAGGAGGCAUACAUGAGUUCAGCUCCGAUCCCAUGAAAGUCAUAGACGAAGUGGUGGAAGAGUCCACUGACUGGAUUCACGGGGUUGUGUCCAUGCUUUCUGACAUGAUUUCACCAGACGAUGAUGAUGAUGAUGAUGAUGAUGAAAAAGGUGACACGGAACAUCCACUGAAGAGGAAAGCUCACACAGUGAUUAAAAAGGUCAAAGAUGCAAAAGAAAGUAAAGCCAGGGAUGAAAAGAAAGCUCCACCUAAAGAGGUGAGGAGACCUAAAAUUGAAAAAAAAGAAGAAAGGGUGAAAAGAGAACAGAAACCUGAAAAGAAAGUAGAGAAAGCCAAGAAAGAAGUGAAGGCAGUGGAAAAAGCAAAGUCUAAAGCCAAGCCAAAAGAGGAGAAACCUGUCAAGAAGGAACCGAAAGAUCAGUUUGAGUUCUGUCGCUAUGUCGUUGACAUGUAUACACAUGAGGAUGUUUCUGCAGGAUUCAAGUCCUCAAUAGUCCCAGAUCCACCUAAAGGAAACUCAACAAUAAAGAAGCCUGCAGGUUCCUUUGUGGAAGGAUUAAAAGCUGCAGUAUCUCCUACUUCAUCUGAAGGAAAUUCAUCACGGAAUUCUGCAGCCCCUGUUGUGAAAGAGUCAAAGCCUGCAGUAACUCCAGCUCCAAACAAGGGAACUCCAACCACAAAGAAAACUGUAGCACCUAUUGUGGAAGAGAAAAGGCCUGUUGCCAAGUCCAAGGAAGAAAAAAAAGACGAACCUAAAAAGAAGCCAAGCAGGGAAGAGAAAAAAACAGCUGAAGCAACAAAAACGUCCACGAAACACUUAAGGAAAGCAGAACCCAAAGUGGAGGAAUCUGCACCACCAAAGGAAACAGUUGAGAAGAAACCUGAGGCAAAACCAAAAGCAGCUCAACACACAGAGGAGACUCCACCUAAAAUAGUAACAGGUAGCCACCAAAGUAAACUGGAAAAAGUAGAAGAGAAGGAUGCUAAACCUGAAAAAGUUGUGAAGAGAGAAGAAAAACUAUCAACCAUUAAAGUAUCUAAAGUGAAAAAAGAACAAACUAAAAGAAAAAAAACAGAAAUUUCCAAAGAAAAGGCCAGGCCUCCACCUCUAAAACACGAACCAGUAGUUGCCAAAGAAAAGGCUAGAACACUUACUCCAAAGAAAGGAACAGAGGUUGCCAAAGAAAAACCCAGACCGUCUCCUCCAAAGAAAGAAUCAGAAGUUGCCAAAGAAAAAGCCCAUCUGAAGAAAGUGUCGGAGGUAAAGAAGGAAGACAAGCUCUCAAAAGGAAUAGAUCAAGAGUCAGAAAAACAAAAGACAAAACCUGCAUCUUCUGCUGAGAAAAAAGAGUCAGAGGCUGUGAAAGUUGAAAAACCAGCCAAGCAAGAAUCGAAGGCUGCAAAAGUUGAAAAACCAGCUCAGCAAGCUUUAAAUGCACUGCCAUGCCAUCUCCGCUCCCUGUAUGCACAUCACGUCAAGAAAGCCAAAGGAAAAGUCACAAAAGAAAAGGCCAAGGAAAUCGUACACACUGCUGAAGCCAAGUUAACCAAAAGCCUUCAUCCACCAAAAGAGCACCCACCAGUAAAAGCUCCCUCAACUCAGCGUGAAGCAAUAAAUCAGGAAAAAGAAACACCUUCUGCCAAAUCAGAGCACCUAGUAGAAGCUCCAGAGACAGGUAAACAUACCGAGGUUGACAAGAAGCCUGCUAAAGAGGAGAAAGUAAAAGAAAAAGAUCUGAAAACAUCAAAGCCCACAAAAGCUGACAAUGAAGAUCCAAGGAAAGGCAAAAGUAGCAUGCGCUACUUCCAAUGUGUCUUUGUCGAUGGAAACAAUGGCCAACACCCUAUCUACCCCUUCACAGCUUUGCAGAGUCCAUCCUUGAAUCCAAAAGCUGCAGAAAAGAAAUCCAGGUCCCCAGGACAUUAGGCCACAGUGAACAAUGCUGAUGUGUUGACAUUGUGUACUACAGCAGCACUUGCCCUGAAGUUUGCAGCAACUACUGCAGUGAUCAAUAUGGAUCAUAUGCAUCUUAAAAGUUAGCAGAGGCUGUAAGGGAACUUGGUGGAUGAACAGUGUUUUUGUUUUCAUAGAAGUUUAGAGCUUCGGGGAGUUCAAUUAUUUGUGCACCCCAUUCCUUUUAAAAUGGCUGUAAUGCUAUGAUUUGUGUUGCAUUUAAAUGUUGAUUCAAGUCAGUGUUCUGUUUAGAAUUGUUCACUGCUAAGAGGAAUCAAUACUGUGUUUUAUCAAGAUGUUUGUCUGUAACUGUGAGUUAUAGUUCAUUAAACACUGCAAAUAAAUUUUAAUAUUACAUGGUUUAGGUUAAAAUACAUCAUAAAGCUAGACAAUAUGAGAUUCCAUUUUGGCAUUAUUACCCAGUCACUAAGCUUGACCCUUAGUGAUUUAUGUUGUUCGUUGGGGCUUCAUUCAGAAAUGUUGAAGCUGUCUGUUUCACUUUAUGUAUGCUUUUGUAAGUAUGUUUGAAUGUGCUACCUUGUGCUUCUUUGAGCCUUAACUGGGUUUCCUGAGUUUCAAGGGUUUCAGAUGCAUCUUUUACAUAACAGAAAUGGGACUGAUAUCCUUGAAUAAUAAAAGCUUUUGAAAAAUUUUAAA